UCUUCCGCUGCCGCUGCUGUGUUCGGACCGCAGGUAAUCGAUUCUAAUCAGUAAUAUCGAUCCGCUGUGACCGACAGACUGCAGUGUGGAGGCGCCUUCAGGGACUUCGGUAGGAUUUCUCAGGCUGAGCCUCCUGCAGACUCAUGGCGACACCAGACCCAAAGCUGGGAGGUUACGAGGAGUCCAGCCUGCCGUCUGAGGACGUCGCGAGGAGGUCCGAGGAGUCGAGGCUGGGGUCCGGGGAGUCCAGGAUGAGCUCCUGGGAGUCGGAGCUGUCCUCCAUCCAGCACUCGCUGAAGUUUGUGUUGACGCUGAGGGAGGAGUUUGUUUGUCCCAUCUGCAGUGGAGUCGUGCUCAACCCUCAGCAGAACUCCUGUGGACACAUCUACUGCUUCCUCUGCCUCCAAGGACUGCUGGAGAGUUCACCGCCGUCUGGUCCAGUUUGUCCGGUGGACGGAGGUGCGAUCACACCAACCGAGGUUUUCCAGGACAACUGCUGCAAACGAGAAAUCUCCGGUUUAGAAGUGUACUGCACCAACUCCCCAGCAUGCACCUCUGUGAUCACAUUACGCCACCUGCAGGAGCACCUGAGGUCGUGUCAGUAUGAGCAGCUGCAGUGCUGCAAUCCGGGCUGCAGGGCGGCGCUACAGAGGAGAUACCUGCAGGAACACCUGGCCGACGCCUGUCCUCACCGCAUGGAGCCCUGCCCGCACUGCCAGCAACCGCAGAGACUCAGCUUCAUCCAGGAUCAUGUGCAGAGCUCCUGUCCGGAUGUGGAGGUGGACUGUCCCAACAGCUGCUCCCUGAAGGUUCCCAGACACAAGCUGACAGAACACAGAGAGUCGUGUCCCGAGCUUCACGUCGACUGUUCUUACAAGAAGUUCGGCUGCUCCGUGCAGGAUAAGAGAGGGAGAGUGAAGCUGCACGAGGACGCCGCUGUCAAUCGUCACAUGCUGCUGGUCCUGAGGAGCAACACCCACCUGGAGCAACAGGUGGAGGUUCUCCAGGAGGAGGCGCUGCUGAUGCAGCCGGAGGUGGAGACGGACAGUUUACUGCUCGCCGGUCUGCAGAAGAAAAUCAGGCCCUGGCUGCAACAGAACAACAGCCGCGAACACAUCGUCUCUGCAGCUCAGAGGACGCUGAGCAGGCAGGAGGACGUCCUGUCCACUGUCCAGCUGGACGUCCAGCAGGUGUCUCGGGGACUCGGCCCUGGUCUGGAGGAGCUGGAGGAGCUCAGGAAGUCUCUGGAUGCUAUGCUCCAGGAAGUGUCGGCGGCCGAGGCCCUCAGAGAACACCUGGGAGCUUUGGAGGAGAAUCUGAAGCAACACUCGGGUCUCCUGGAUCUCCACGCCGCUCAGCUCUGUAGAAACGAGCAGCACCUGCAGGAGCUCCAGGCGACGUCCUACAACGGCAAGCUGAUCUGGAAGAUCGAGGACUUCAAGAGCAGGAGGGAGGCCGAGGUCAACGGUCAGCAGCCCUGCCUGAGCAGCGUGCCGUUCCACACCGGAACCUGCGGCUACAAAAUGGCCUCCAGGGUCUAUCUGAACGGGGACGGGGAGGGAAGAGAGACACACCUGUCCCUUUACGUCGUCCUGAUGCCGGGAGACUUCGACGCUCUGCUGCCGUGGCCUUUCAAACAGGCCGUGUCCCUGUCUGUUCUGGAUCAAAGCGGUGCCGCUAACCACCGGAGUCUCAGCUUCAGACCCGACCCGACGUCCAAAAGCUUCCAGCGACCCGCCGCCGAGUCCGCCAGCAACGUCGCUGUUGGAUUUUCUUGCUUCCUUCCCCUCAACAAGCUAGAAACUCCUCAAAACGCUGCGUUUGUGAAAGACGACACACUGUUUGUCAAAGUGAAGGUGGACAUGGCAGGUUUAGACCCACUGUAGGCUUCUGGGCACUACGUUACUGUGUUUUUAGGAUUUAUGUUUUAUUGUUACUUUGGCGCCAUCUGGUUGUCAGUUCAGGAAGGACAGUUUGGUAGGAAACAAAGCAGCGCAGACAACUUUAAACAUGAUUUUUUUUUCAUUUUUCUACGAAACAUGCCAUCAGAAUACUUUGAAAGAAGUUUGAUCACAUAAAAAAAAAAAAUCGAACUUAAAACUUUAAAGCCAUAGUUCAAUAUUUUUGUGACAGUUUUUCCUUUAAGCUUUAGGAUCAUCUCAGGGAUUCUUUGAUGGAGGUCCGACUGCGGUCACUCAGAAUUAUUUAAUGCACCUCAUCUUGAGGUCACGACUUAACUAUCUGACACUUGGUGCUUAAAUCAAGUUAUUUAUGUCCUGAUCAAGAUCUAAUUAUCUGCAGAUGUGAAACAGUUAAGUAUUGGUCGGGACUGAAAUGUGUCUUUAUUCUGAGAAUCAGAAGAAGAAGACGAUGUUGAGAACUACGUUGUUAUCAGCACUGUGUAUCAUCUCAACUUAAUAAUGAAUCUUUGGGGCAUCUUUGCAGCAAACAAUUUGUUUUUUCAAGAAGAGGAGAUGAUGAUAAACCGGCAGCUGUGUGGCAGCUACUGAACUACUGCAGACAAGUUUUACUGUUUGUUUAUUCUUCUGGGUGUCUUGAUUCUACGGCAACUGUCCGCUCAAAAAUACCAAACAAGUGUCUGUUCAGCGGACAGAUAUGAUUUCAUUGUAAUGAACAGGAGAUGAAAUGUGAAGAUCUGGUUUCUGAUUGGCUGCCAGGUAAAAAAGCAAGACUCUUGCUGUUGCAGCAUCGCCACUAGAAUUUAAAAUAAAGUUCUGUGAGUUAAGGUUUGGACAGUAAGCCUGAUUUUAACUCUAUAGGAUCAAUAUGAAUGAAAGGCUGUUAAUCAUGAAAAUAUUAACUGAUUUUAGAUCAGUUCCACAGGUUGAUUGAAGCUGAGGCUUAAAGCAAAAGGAAACAUGAACACAUACUUCAGGUAAAGGACAGAGAGGAAGAGGAAGGGAGAUUGUUGUGUCUGUAACAAAGAAAACGAGGUACUCCAUCUUUCUGUGAAAGAGACGACUCGGGGUUUAAUCAGGCAACUGAAGAAAUAAAG